GCCGCCAGCCCCGACGAGGUGGCGCUCGUCAAGUGGACUGACAUGGUGAGUGCUCGGCGUCGCCCUGUGCGCCCGGCCCUUGCACAGUGCCUGUGUCGCGGCAGCAGCUGUGCGACUACCAGGCCGCCAGCCCCGACGAGGUGGCGCUCGUCAAGUGGACUGACAUGGUGAGUGCUCGGCGUCGCCCUGUGCGCCCGGCCCUUGCACAGUGCCUGUGUCGCGGCAGCAGCUGUGCGACUACCAGGCCGCCAGCCCCGACGAGGUGGCGCUCGUCAAGUGGACUGACAUGGUGAGUGCUCGGCGUCGCCCUGUGCGCCCGGCCCUUGCACAGUGCCUGUGUCGCGGCAGCAGCUGUGCGACUACCAGGCCGCCAGCCCCGACGAGGUGGCGCUCGUCAAGUGGACUGACAUGGUGAGUGCUCGGCGUCGCCCUGUGCGCCCGGCCCUUGCACAGUGCCUGUGUCGCGGCAGCAGCUGUGCGACUACCAGGCCGCCAGCCCCGACGAGGUGGCGCUCGUCAAGUGGACUGACAUGGUGAGUGCUCGGCGUCGCCCUGUGCGCCCGGCCCUUGCACAGUGCCUGUGUCGCGGCAGCAGCUGUGCGACUACCAGGCCGCCAGCCCCGACGAGGUGGCGCUCGUCAAGUGGACUGACAUGGUGAGUGCUCGGCGUCGCCCUGUGCGCCCGGCCCUUGCACAGUGCCUGUGUCGCGGCAGCAGCUGUGCGACUACCAGGCCGCCAGCCCCGACGAGGUGGCGCUCGUCAAGUGGACUGACAUGGUGAGUGCUCGGCGUCGCCCUGUGCGCCCGGCCCUUGCACAGUGCCUGUGUCGCGGCAGCAGCUGUGCGACUACCAGGCCGCCAGCCCCGACGAGGUGGCGCUCGUCAAGUGGACUGACAUGGUGAGUGCUCGGCGUCGCCCUGUGCGCCCGGCCCUUGCACAGUGCCUGUGUCGCGGCAGCAGCUGUGCGACUACCAGGCCGCCAGCCCCGACGAGGUGGCGCUCGUCAAGUGGACUGACAUGGUGAGUGCUCGGCGUCGCCCUGUGCGCCCGGCCCUUGCACAGUGCCUGUGUCGCGGCAGCAGCUGUGCGACUACCAGGCCGCCAGCCCCGACGAGGUGGCGCUCGUCAAGUGGACUGACAUGGUGAGUGCUCGGCGUCGCCCUGUGCGCCCGGCCCUUGCACAGUGCCUGUGUCGCGGCAGCAGCUGUGCGACUACCAGGCCGCCAGCCCCGACGAGGUGGCGCUCGUCAAGUGGACUGACAUGGUGAGUGCUCGGCGUCGCCCUGUGCGCCCGGCCCUUGCACAGUGCCUGUGUCGCGGCAGCAGCUGUGCGACUACCAGGCCGCCAGCCCCGACGAGGUGGCGCUCGUCAAGUGGACUGACAUGGUGAGUGCUCGGCGUCGCCCUGUGCGCCCGGCCCUUGCACAGUGCCUGUGUCGCGGCAGCAGCUGUGCGACUACCAGGCCGCCAGCCCCGACGAGGUGGCGCUCGUCAAGUGGACUGACAUGAUGGGCGUGUCUCUAUACCGGAGGGACCUCCACAACAUUUCACUGAAACUCCGUGCGGCUAACGAGAUCAUGCAGUUCAGCAUCCUGCAGAUAUUCCCCUUCACCAGUGAAAGCAAGAUGAUGGGCAUUAUCGUGCAAGACGAGAACACGGACGUAAUCACAUACUACGUGAAGGGCGCGGACGUGGCGCUGGCGCGUCUACUGGCGCCGGCGUGGCUGGGCGCCGAGUGCCGGCGGCUGGCGGCCGAGGGGCUGCGCACGCUCGUGGUCGCCAAGAAGACGCUCACCAGGAACGAGUACCUGGAGUUUGAGGUGCGCUGCUUGUGACAUGUCACGUGACACGUGGCAAGUGUAGGCCGGGCGUGGCGUGGCGCGUCUACUGGCGCCGGCGUGGCUGGGCGCCGAGUGCCGGCGGCUGGCGGCCGAGGGGCUGCGCACGCUCGUGGUCGCCAAGAAGACGCUCACCAGGAACGAGUACCUGGAGUUUGAGGUGCGCUGCUUGUGACAUGUCACGUGACACGUGGCAAGUGUAGGCCGGGCGUGGCGUGGCGCGUCUACUGGCGCCGGCGUGGCUGGGCGCCGAGUGCCGGCGGCUGGCGGCCGAGGGGCUGCGCACGCUCGUGGUCGCCAAGAAGACGCUCACCAGGAACGAGUACCUGGAGUUUGAGGUGCGCUGCUUGUGACAUGUCACGUGACACGUGGCAAGUGUAGGCCGGGCGUGGCGUGGCGCGUCUACUGGCGCCGGCGUGGCUGGGCGCCGAGUGCCGGCGGCUGGCGGCCGAGGGGCUGCGCACGCUCGUGGUCGCCAAGAAGACGCUCACCAGGAACGAGUACCUGGAGUUUGAGGUGCGCUGCUUGUGACAUGUCACGUGACACGUGGCAAGUGUAGGCCGGGCGUGGCGUGGCGCGUCUACUGGCGCCGGCGUGGCUGGGCGCCGAGUGCCGGCGGCUGGCGGCCGAGGGGCUGCGCACGCUCGUGGUCGCCAAGAAGACGCUCACCAGGAACGAGUACCUGGAGUUUGAGGUGCGCUGCUUGUGACAUGUCACGUGACACGUGG